UGUAGUUUAAAAAAUGUCUUCAUCUGAUAAAAUUCCUUUGAUUGAAAGCAAAGAUAGAUUUAGUUCUGUUUUUGCAGCUGCAGUUACUGCAUCAUUGGCAUCACUUUGUUUUGGUUUUACACUUGGUUAUACAUCUCCAACUGAAUCUAAAAUGGAAGAAGAUGCACAUUUGAAAAUUGAUAAAAAUGAGUUUUCAUGGUUUGCUUCAUUAAUUGCUAUUGGAGCAUUGAUUGGAAGCAUGGUAGCAGGAUAUUUUAUUGACAAAUUUGGAAGAAAAUCAACAAUUAUAAUGACUUCACUAUUAUAUAUGCCAGGAUGGUGUUUAAUAAGCUAUGCUUCCAAUGUUCUUAUGUUGUAUUCAGGAAGAAUCUUAACUGGCAUUGCAGUUGGUAUGAGCUCUUUAUCUGUACCAGUUUAUAUUGCAGAAAUUGCAUCACCUAGACUGCGAGGAGGUUUAGGUGCUAUCAAUCAACUUGGUGUUGUAGUUGGUAUCUUUAUUGCUUAUUUAGUUGGUGCUUUUUUGACAUGGCAAUGGACUGCAAUGUUUGCUAAUUUUAUUGUAGUAGCUAUGGUUCUAUUGAUGCUCUUAAUGCCUGAAACACCUAGAUGGCUACUUGCUCAUGGUCAGCGUCAGUUAGGGCUUCAAGGGCUUCAAUGGUUGCGCGGUCCUUUGUAUGACGCUGAAGCAGAAAUCUGCGAUAUUGAGAAUAAUCUUGAUAAGCAAGAAAAAGCAUCCUUCAGGGACUUCAUGACACCUGGUUUGUAUCGACCUUUGAUUAUAGGUUCUUUUUUGAUGGUAUUUCAACAAUUCUGUGGUAUAAAUGCCGUUUUAUUUUUUGAUGCCAAAAUAUUUAUGUCUGCUGGAAUCAAUAGUGCGGAAAAAAUUUCCCUAUUAGUUGGUGGUGCACAGGUAUUAUCUACUGUAGUCUCUUGUUUAGUUGUUGAUAAGUUGGGACGGAGGUUGCUAUUAAUGGUUGGUAGUAUAUCAAUGUUUCUAUGCACCCUUCUACUUGGAAUUUAUUAUGAUAUUGCUGAAAUAGAUACCGAUCAAAAGACAAUUUCAAUCUUUGGAAAAAUCUCGCAUACAGUUCCUCUGCAUCAGAUUUCGUGGUUGGCUGUUCUUUGUGUUAUUGUUUAUAUCAUCGUGUUUUCAAUUGGAUGGGGACCUUUGCCAUGGUUGCUAAUGUCUGAGAUAUUCCCACCUCGAGCGCGAGGCUUUGCAAGUGGUAUUGUCACAUUUGUUAACUGGCUACUUGUUUUUGUGGUUACAAAAUUUUUUCAUAAUAUGAUUGUGGCGUUUUAUGAACAAGGAACAUUUUGGUUUUUUUCCGCAUUUUCGUUAGCCAGUUUUUUUUUCGUUUAUUUUUGUGUACCAGAAACCAAAGGAAAAUCCUUAGAAGAUAUAGAACAGUUGUUUGCGUUGUAGAGGAUUCUACGAAUUGUUGUUUUCUUACUUUUUUUGAAUCAAGUCAUUCUUAAUCAAAAUGAUACUUUAUUACGACGUAAUUGCAGCUACAAUAUCUUUGGAUAUUCAAAGAUUUAUUAUUUUAUACAUUAUAUAAACUUUAUAAAUUAUAAGUUUAUUAUAGUUAAAAAAAUGUUUUUAGUUAUAAAUUUUUUUAAGUUAUAAAUUUUUUUAUUAUAUAUUUUCUUAUGAAAGAAUAUUCGAUUAGUAAAUUACAAAAAAAAAUUUUGUCUUUUUUUUUUUUUAUAUACAUAUAAAGAUUUUUUAAGUGUUAAGGAGAACUUUUUUCGCGACAACUUCGAAGUUCAAAGUUUGAUUUUCGAUUUUGAAAAAGUAGUUUUAAAUUAGAAAAAUGAUUUCGUGAAAUGUGAUUGAAAAAUAUAUUUUUAAAGCACUUAUAAUUUUGAUGAAUAUCUGAUGAUUGUAAAGGUUGUUUUUUUGGCGGACGUGUAUUUCAGGCACCCCUAUAGUAAGUCUGUAAAAUAACGUUUUACGCAAAAAAUUUAUUAAAAACCAAACUACCCUGAACCAACAAUAAAGCUUAUUUUAUUGAAAGCCCUUCUCUUACGAAAACCCUUUGCCUAACCCUAAAGGUUCGGGUUUGGUUAGGGUAGGAUUAAUAAUAUUCGUCUCGUAUACUUUAUUUCUCUUAUAGUUUAUAGUACCUGGAACAACUUUUAUGUAAUUUUAUCCUUUUAAUCAGUGCCGUGGCAAGUGGGUCUGGGGCCUCCCCCUCCCAAAACUUGCCAUUUGGGCCCCAACUUUUUAUUUAUUUUUUCUAAAAAAUUGGAUAAAAUUUACAGAUUACCCCAAAAAGCAGGGUACCUGACAUAUUUUAACGUCGCCGUUCAUAAGACUAAAAACAGUCAAGUUAACGCUUAAAUUCAAUUAAAUAUAUUUUAUAAUUGUUAAAUUGAUAGAGUUUACUAGUAAA